AUGAAAAGUUAACAAAAUUAAUAGAAUAGAAAUUAUCUGAUUAAACAUUUACAAUUGAUAAAAGAAUAAAUCAAGUAUGAAAUAAUGGAUCUUUUAAUUAGAUGGAUGAUACUCUUCUCUACUAUGCAGCAUUUAAAAGAGAUAAAAAAUUAGUAUAAUAUUUACUAUAAAAAGGAGCAUCAUCUAAUUGAAAAAAUUCGGUAAGUAAAUAUUAUAUGAUAUAUAAGAGAAAUCUUAUGCCUAUAGAUGUUACAGAUGAUCAAGAAAUAAAAUUAAUGUUAGAGAGUAAAUGA